AUGUCCAACAAAAAGAAGAGUAAGAGUAAGGCCAGCGAGAGCCACAAGCGUGGUGGAAGAGAGAACAGUCCUCGUGGACAACACAACUCUCCUUCACCACAAAGAAACAACAGUAUCACUGAUCAGCAACGAAGCGAGAACGGCGGUACUGACUCUAGAACAAACGGGAUCAAAUUAGCCGCUCGCUUGUUCCGCAAUCCAUUGUUAUCCAAAAGAGGGUUUAAACAUGCGAAAGAGGGACUAAAAAUUAGGAGUUCAGAUAAAUCAAUGAGCGGAGUAAGAUGUGGAGGCAGCAUCUGUCUCUUUGUUUACCCGUUUUUUUUGAUAGGAUACAGUAUCGCCGGUUUUAUAUAUGGGGACAAAAAUAAUAGUACACAUGUUUUUGUGUAUGGCGGUCCAUUAUUCAUUGCUGUUCCUUAUUGCAUACGAUACCUGGAUAAUGUCGAUAGAUUGCUUUCAAGCAUAUUUGAGAUUGGGGAGAAGAGUUUGGUCGAAUAUUUCGCAGACCCGGGAAUCAGAGAGCUCCUCUUGACUGUUUUUGAGAUUGUGGGAUUCAUUUAUCAAUGCGUGAAGGGCAGACAAAAUUCCUUGAUCAUUUCAUUGGGAAUUCUUGGGUUUUUUUUUUAUCUCGCAGGAAAUAUUUCCCUAAUGUUGAGAAGAAAAGGCCAGAAUCGGUAA